AUGUUACUCCCACAGCUGCGUGUACAAAGCCUUUCCGAUGCAAUGAUCUUUGUUAGAACAUUGGUUAAUGCAACUGAGUCAUCAAGCUCAGUGCCGGAAGAGGACAUUCGUCUUCCACAGUCUCUUAGGCCGCUCCACUACCUAAUACAGCUUCAGCCUUUCAUUAAUGGCAAUUUCAGCAUUCUCGGCUACUUGAAGGUGGAAGUGGAGGUCCUGGACACGACGUCAAAUGUUAUACUCCAUAUGCUUGACAUCGUCACAAAGAACGACACAGUGAAGGUAUUGACUUCAGGAGGCGUGGAACAGCGACAGAUUGGAAUUAAGAGUCAGCAUUAUGACCCUGUCCGUCAGUUCUAUGUCGCCCAAAUGGAGGAAGAGAUGAUGAAAGGGGAGAGGUACACUCUGCAAAUGGAGUUCCUUGGCUGCCUCAACGACCAGCUUCGUGGCUUCUACAGGUCAUCCUAUAAAGAUAGUAACGGAGAAAUAAAGUAUCUGGCCGUGUCGAUGUUCCAGCCCACGGACGCCCGCCGCGCCUUCCCGUGCUUCGACGAGCCGGCCCUGAAGGCGACCUUCGAGGUCCACCUGGCGAGGGAGACCUGGAUGACGUCACUCUCCAACAUGCCCCUUGCCGAGACUCGGCCUGUUGAAGGUCAGAGUGGCUGGGUGUGGGACUGCUUCCAUAACAGUGUCCCAAUGUCCACCAGCAUCGUCGCCUUCGCCAUCUUGGAUUUUUCCUAUGUCUCGUCCACCACAGACAAAGGCACUCUCUUUCGAGUUUGGGCACAGCCGUCAGCCAUUGAAAAUGCUGAAUAUGCCAGUGAAGUUGGUCCACAGAUUUUGGCAUUCUACGAAAAUUAUUUCAAUGUGCCCUACUCACUUCCGAAAAUGGAUGUGAUAGCAGUUCCAGAUUUCAGUGUAGUGGCCAUGGAAAACUGGGGUUUAAUUACUUUCAACACACUCAUUCCAAUCAGUUCGUACAGCAGCGUAGAACAGGACGACCUUUGGGAACACCUGACAGCCGCUGCUCAGCAUGACCGAAAGCUUCCCGAGAGCUUAACUGUGAAGACGAUCAUGGACACGUGGACGCUGCAGAAGGGCUUCCCCGUCGUCAAGGUAGCGAGGAGUUCGGAUGGUACCUCCGCCGACGUCUCUCAGGAACAUUUUUUGUUAAUGAAAGAGGAAAAUCUGAGCUGGACCCAAGCCUUGCGAUGGUGGGUUCCUCUCAGCUACACGUCGCAGGGCGAGGCCAACUUCGACCAGACAGAGGCUAGGAGGUUGAUGGAAGAUGCUGAGGAGAGAAUUACUAUCACGUCACUGCCCCCGAACGACCAGUGGGUCAUCUUCAACCUGCAGCAGACGGGCUACUACAGAGUCAACUACGACGACCACAACUGGAACCUCCUCAUCCAGCAGCUGAAUGACGACCACGAGGUCAUCCACGUCGCCAACCGAGCGCAGAUCAUUGACGAUGCCAUGAAUCUUGCUAGAGCCGGUCAGCUGAGUUACACAGUGGCCUUGGAGGUGUAUGCUUACCUGAAAAACGAAAAGGAAAACACACCGUCCGUUGCGGCGACAAAUAAUUACGAUUAUUUGCGACUCAUGUUCUCUGGCACAGGCGCUGAGGCAGCUCUUGAGCAAUAUUAUUCGGACUCAACCUUGCAAGACGUGACAUCGGCCUCUCAAAUUCCGCCAUCUUUUCUCGAGGAGGGGCUGCGCCUCUUGCACCAGUGGAUGGAUACCCCGGAAAACACAAACAUUUUCCCACCAGACCUUCGCGAAGUGUUUAUUUGCCUGGCCGUUGGGACUAGUGGAGAAGAGGAAUGGAACUUCGUCUGGAACGAGUACAUGAAGUCCAAUGAUGCCCUUGACAAAGCCAUUCUCCUCAGGUCUUUAACUUGCACCAAAGAUGGUAACAUUUUGUCGAGAUUCUUGGAGAUGGCCAUUAGUCCUGACAGCGGGAUGAGAAUGGACGAUAUUGGGAUUAUCUUGCAAAGUGUCGACGAAAAUAGUAAAGGACAAUCAAUAGCCUGGAGUUUCCUUAAAAAACACUGGAAUGAUAUCUUCCCGUUCAAGAAGCAGAAAAGAGGAGAACUGCUGUGGACGAUGACUAUCACUUUUAAAACACAGGAUGCUCUCAUAGACCUGGAGGCCUUUUUGCAAGAUAGCAACACUGAUCUGAAGGAAGUUACGAUAAGGGCGCGACAGGUGGUGGAGAGAACGAAGACUAACGUAAAAUGGAUGGAAACCAGUUUUCCCGAGAUUGUGCAGUUCCUGGAAAAUCGUGGUUAUUCGACGAAUGGCAACAGUGCUUGA